UCAUCCUCAACAUUCGGUUUACAGACUUCUAUCUGGAGUGGAAUUCCCCAGUAGAUGUGUUCAUGUUUAGUGACACAACAUCCUCUAGAUUUUUGAGAGCUGUUGGAAAUAAAAUAGGUGUUCAAAAAUAUACAUGCAGUACAAGAAUAUAUCUGGUGCUAGGCUUCAUAGAGGUUAUUGUUGGAAGCUAUGAAAAUGGACGAUUAAACCUACAGACAUCACUUACAUCUUGUCUUUGUUUACAUGGCAUUGGUCAGAAAAUGGACACUGGCCAUAUUGUCAGAUGCUGCCCCCGAAUAACUAACUGCAUGUCACAUAUUUUUGCACAUUUCAGUAUGAGAGAUAAACUAGAGCAUGUGAAGGCUAAAGCGUUCCCAAAUUUUGAGAAUCAAGAAAACCAGAGAGCAGAGUUCCUUCCAGUAGAAUGGAGAUCUUCAUUGAGGUUAGAUGGAGACACAGUUGAAUCUUUGACACCUCAGCGUAUGAGGGGAGUACGUGUUAUGCUCAAUGCAAGUGCUCUGGAUGUAUUGUAUUACACUAGUCCAUUAUACAGGUCAGAGAUAACACACAGUUUAGAAAAUGAGUUGAACAGAUUGUAUGAUAUGUUUUGUGAGAGACACCCGUACUUUGAACCAAAUGGUGGAAAAGUCUCAGUUGUUGCUCAUUCUCUUGGCUGUGUUAUCACCUAUGACAUCAUAACGGGCUGGAACCCAAUCACAUUUUAUGAUCAAUUUGUCUCAUCAGUCAUCGUAAGUAAAAUUUUAAUUUUUUUUCAAUUUUUCCAUCAUGCUAAUACUUUUUGAAUUGAAUAGCAACUUUACAACAGAUACUAGUUAUAUACAGUAGAUCUUAGAUAUGAAGAAAAGCUAUUUUGCAUAGUUUGAUGGGUUUUUCUUAAACUUACCAGUACAGAUAUAAAAUA